AUGUUAGACACAACUAAGAUUAAUGUCCUAGCGUGGAAUGUGCGGGGAGCGGCGAAUGCAUCCUGCAAGAGAAACCUCAAGGAGGUGGUUCGGAAAUAUAAACCUGAUGUUUGUUUUCUGUUUGAGACGCAUAUCCAGUUCCGGCGGGUGGAGUCUUACUGGGCUCGUCUGGGAUACAGACCUUUGGCGAUUGAGGAAGCGCGCGGCCAGGCUGGGGGAGUGUGGGCUCUAGGGCUCAUUGGCCUCCCCCUCACGGUUGAUCAGGUCUCCUUACAUCCCCAAGCGAUCAGCCUUCGUUUUAGGUCUCCGUCAGCGAGCUGGGUCUGCACCGGGGUGUAUGCAAGCCCAAUCCCGACUCAGAGGCAUCACUUGUGGGAGCACUUGCGCCAGGUGGAGCCGCUUGUUCAGGGUCCGUGGGCGAUGAUUGGUGACUUCAAUGAUAUUGCAGUGGCCUCAGAGCAGAGGGGCGGUACCUUCUCUCCUUCAAGGGCUACUGCCUUUGUAGAGGGUUAUGAAUCAUGCGGAAUGAUGGACCUGGGUUCGUUUGGUUUGACUUAUACUUGGAAUCGCCAUGCACAGGGCAGGCCACCUCUCCACCGCCGUCUAGACCGGGCCCUAGCUAAUGUUGAUUGGCGUUUGGGUUUCCCGAAUGGAUCGGUUGAGGUGCUCCCGAGGAUGCACUCCGAUCAUAGCCCUCUUUUGCUGCGGUGCUGUCCUCCACCGCCAGGGAUUGCUAACAAGCCUUUCCGGUUUGAAGCCGCGUGGAUGGAUCAUCCCCAGUACGCGACGGUUGUGAGUGGAGCGUGGGAGAAGGGAGGACCGAAUUUUGUUUCAUCCAUGGACUGUGUGCGUCAAGACUCCCUGCUCUUCAACCAUGAAGUAUUUGGAAAUAUCUUUAGGAGGAAACGGAGGAUUGCGGAUCAGAUUCGACGGGUUCAGGAGCGGUUGGAGACAGUGGACUCCGCCUAUCUCCAUCGGCGGUUGGGGGAACUACGGAAGGACCAAGAGGAGGUGCUAGCUCAGGAGGAGAUGCUCUGGUUCCAGAAAUCUCGAGAAAAAUGGGUCAGGUAUGGUGACCGCAACACAUCCUUCUUUCAUGCUCAAACAAUCAUCCGCCGGCGUCGUAAUCAUAUCCAGGGGCUGGAGUUGCCGGAUGGGUCUUGA